GUGCUGCCUGACACUCUUAUCCGGUCACUGCUGCUACUAUAACAGCCCUAGGCCAGGAAUAUGGACAAACUGAUGCUUUGGGUCUCUGUCCUCACCGGCAUCCUGGAAGCCUUUGCUCAGACAGACCUCAGUGGGAAGGUGUUUGUGUUCCCUAAAGAAUCCUCUAGUGAUCAUGUGAGAUUGAUUGCACAGCUGGAGAAGCCUCUGGAGAACUUUACCUUGUGUUUUCGAGCCUAUAGUGACCUCUCCCGUGGCUACAGCCUUUUCUCCUACAACGUCCAAGGCAAGGAUAAUGAGCUACUCAUUUACAAAGAAAGAGUUGGAGAAUACAGUCUGUACAUUGGGAAAAGCAAAGUCACAUUCAAAGUUAAAGAAGAAUACCCAGCCCCGGUGCACAUCUGCACCAGCUGGGAGUCCUCCUCAGGCAUUGCUGAAUUUUGGGUCAACGGGAAGGCUUUGGUGAAAAAGGGUCUGAAACAAGGUUAUUCUGUGGCAGCUAACCCCAAGAUAGUCCUGGGGCAGGAGCAGGAUUCCUAUGGGGGUGGGUUUGAUAAGAGCCAGUCCUUUGUGGGAGAGAUUGGGGAUUUGAAUAUGUGGGACUCUGUGCUGUCCUUAGAAGAUAUCCUGCUUUUGUAUCAGGGUUCCUCCCUCGAUUCUAAUGUCCUGGACUGGAAGGCUCUGAACUUUGAAGCAAAAGGAUAUGUUGUCAUCAAGCCCCUGGUCUGGGCCUGAGGUCUUGCAUCAGCAAGAGCGCUUGAAAAUGAAUUGACCAAUGUCUAAGAUGUCUGCUCAAAGUGACUGGAGUCUAGAUUCUAUACAUGCAGCUCUUUCCUAGAAUGUCCUGUCUGUAUACCCGACUAAUUAAAAAUACAUUACAUACCUGCA